GCCUACAGUCCGCCUACUGCUGCUGUACCCGGGCAAAACACAACCCCGUGCCUCACCGGACCACCAGGACUGCACACAGGUCGAUUUGGCAAAGCGAUUCGAUCAUUUUUAGUGUUUUAAAUGUGCUGUUUUCAGUCGACGUUCACAGCUUUACGCACACACCUCCGACUUUAGCUUCUGCACGUUAGCCUAACCGCAAACUUUGAAAAGCUUCUUCUUUCUUCAUAAUCGCCUUAAUUCUCACCAGCAUUGCCAAAAAUCGAGCUUUUGCAAGACUUGAGAAAGCAUCUUCACGAGGAUCUCAGUGCUGGGAUGACUUGGAUGGAGUGAGACACCGCUGUCAGAGAGGAUCCACGAGUUUCUUUUAAGACUGACGCUGAAGUUUGUGCUGCAUAAAUGGAUGGAAUAGACACUUUACCGAGCUCUGCCCUGGAGACCAAGGCUGAACGAAUCGCCCGCUACAAGGAGGAAAGGAGGAGGGAACUGGCCCAGCGCUAUGGCAACACUGAAGAGUUCACAUCCAGAUAUGUGCGUCGGGACAAGAAAGUAGGUGAUUCAUCAGAAACGGCUAAAAAGGAAAGUCACAGUGAUGAUGUAACAAAGCAAACCUACAGCAGAAAAGCGAAUAAAGUCGAUGAGCCCUUGGCAAAAGAGGAUGACAUGCCAACUGAUCAUGUGGAGAAGAAAACUGAAGCUGUAUGUUCCUCGGCUAUAAAGCUGUUUUCAAGGCUGGGAGAAGAGGAGGACUCAGACGAACAGCCGAAGGAUGAGAGAGCAGCUGCUGUGGCCAAGAGGACGAUUACAUCCAAGACUUCUCUUUUUAAGGACCCGGAGAAGACUGAAGAUGUUACCAGCGACAUACUGAACCGCUACCGCAUCAGUGACAGCACAGAAGACGACUCUACGAGGAACUUCACAAUGGACACAAGUAAAGCCAUGGAAGAAGAAAAGGAGACCAAAGAAGAUCCCUCCGAGAAUAAUCAACAUGAGAAGGCCACAGCUGAGGAGGAAGAGCAGUCAUCAGAACCCACCAAAAGCCCACAAGCCAUCUCUCCCCCUACCUCCCCCUCUCCUCCACCCCAGCCCACUUCUCUGCAACGCCAGGACUCAGAACCGCGUGGCAUUAAGGGCAUCCUGAAGAAGAGCCGCUCCACCAGUGUCGAAUCGGACCACAGCGAAUCCUGCGCCACAGACUCGGCCCUGGCCCGACAAAGCAGCAUCACCCUCAGUCAAACCGUGAGCGAGGAAGAUGUGGAUGAAGAGGAGUUGGAUGAUGAAGAAGAGUUUGAGGAAGAUGUUGAGGAAGAAGAGGAAGAGGAAGAAGAAGAGGAUGGUGAAGAGGAGUCACUUAAUGACGAUGCCAUGGAUGGAGGAGGCAUGAGCAGACAGGAGAGAGGCAGCAGUAGUAGCGGGGGGAGUUAUGAGGAGAUCCGCAGCCCCUCCCCCAAUGAGAGCCUGGAGAUGACUUCAUCCAUCUCCGAGGAUGUGGACGAGCUGGAGAACAGUUUGGACGGAAGCACGGGAUCCACAAGCAAACAGAGGCUGUUGGAGUUUAAAGGAGAGAACGAAACUAAGACCAGAAUUAGGAAGAAUAGACCGUCUGAGGUCAUCCAGACGUCACUGACUGAUCGCUUCAACCAACUUCAUGAUGCUGAAAAUGCCUGGAAGAAAAAGAAGUCAAACACAGAUCUGGAGCCAAAGAUGUCCUUGGCAGACAGAAUGAAGAUCCUUAAAGAGAAAGAAGAGCAGUGGAAGAAUAAAGGGAAAGGAGCAGCCAAUGACUCUGUGCAGUUCACUGUGGCAGGACGCAUGGCCAAGAGAGGUUUGGUGACAGAUACAGGUAAAGAAGAAUCGCCUCUUAUUUCUCUAAAAAAGUCCAAUGCCACACCUGUGAAACCACUUGAAGAAAUCUCAACCAGAAGUGACAUGAAGGUCGAAGGAGACAAGCGGCUUGAUAAACUAGAAUCUUUCCUGGAUAAACUCCACAACAAAGGUGUGAGCAAAAGCAAGACCUCCACCAUUGAAGUUACAGCUGAGACAGAGAAAGAAAUUAUGACCCUGGAUGACGAAGAGACGUUUGGGAGCUUCUACAAACCCAUGUCUCCCACAUCUCUGCAAGAAACCACGGUUAUAGUGACAGAGGACGCAUUCAGCGAGAUCACAGCCGACACACCAACGCUGACUUCAUCUGUGGCCGAACACAAGCGUGCCGUGAGACCCAAUAGAAGGAAAAAGGGCUCCAAGAAUCCUCUGAAGACACUGGCUGCUCGUAAUGAUAUCCGACAGGGCUACACAGAGCAGAGACUGAACGUGGCAUCAGUGGAAACCAAGAGGAUUCAAGUUGAGAGGAUGGCAAAACAUUCCAACCUGUCUGAUGUUGCCUUGGCCGGUCUCGCCAGUAAAGAGAACUUUCGUAAAGUUAGCCUGCGCAGUGUGAAAUCUACAGAGGUGGUGACAAAUAACAGUGCACUGCCUUUCAACAAACUCAUGCUCAUUCGAAUCAAAGGUCGGAGACACGUUCAGGUGCGCUUGAUGGAGCCCACAGCUCGCUCUCUAAACAGUGGGGACUGCUUCCUCCUGAUCACGCCGAAACACUGCUUCAUGUGGAGCGGAGAAUUUGCAAAUGUCAUUGAAAAAGCAAAGGCCUCAGAGAUGGCAUCAUUCGUUCAGGCCAAAAGGGACCUGGGGUGUAAAGCCCCUCAAGUGACGCUGCUGGAGGAGGGCAUCAACACGGAGGGCAGGUCGGCCAAAGAGUUCUGGACUUUACUGGGAGGAAAAGAACAAUACAGAGGAGCGGGAGAGCCAGAGGAGGACGAGCUGUACGAGAGUGGAGUGGUGGACUCUAUUGGUGUGUACAGACUGCAAGGAGACAAACUGGUGCCACAUGAAGACGCCUGGGCUGCUAUUCCAAGUGUCUCCCUACUCGACUCCAAAGAGGUGUUGGUGUUUGAUUUUGGGAGUGAGGUGUAUGUCUGGCAUGGAAAAGAUGUGUCCUUAGGUGAUAGGAAAGUGGCUGUGAAGUUGGGUAAACAGCUUUACAGUGGCAGCUACGACUACUCCAACUGCAGAGUGAACCCACUGGAUGCUUCAUGUACUAAUAAGGAUGUACCACAAAAAGGGGAGGGCCGCCCUAGCUGGGCCCUUUUUGGUCGUCUCUCAGAGCACAAUGAGACAGCCCUGUUCAGAGAGAAGUUCCUUGACUGGGCUGAAAAGAAAAAGGAUGAGAGUGCACCACCAGAGGAAAUCAAGAGUCCAGUCCACUGCAACGCCCGUCCCACAUUCGACACAGAGCUGCAGCCAUGUGACGCCAAAGCCCUGCUGGACAAGGAGUCCGACCCGGUGAAGACAGUCCUGGAGGGGGUGGACGUCCACAGGGGACAUGGCAUUGUGAGGACGGAGGAUGGGAGACAGGCGGAGCUCGCCACUGUGGCUGUGGAGGCAUGGCAUAUCAAAGAGCACAGCGAGGAAGAAGUACCUCAAGACAGUUUGGGACAGUUACAUGAAGAAGAUGCGUAUAUCAUCCGCUGGAAGUACUCAAUCACUACGCUCGUGGGUAAGCGGCAGAAGCCCGGGGAGCUGAGCGCCGCUGGGAUGCCCGGCAGAGAGAGAACAGCCUGCUUCUUCUGGCAGGGGCGACACUCAAGCGCUAACGAGAAAGGAACCUCAGCUCUAAUGACAGUGGAACUGGGCAGCCACAGGGGGGCCCAAAUGCUGGUGAGUCAGGGGAAAGAGCCGCCUUGCUUCCUUCAGCUGUUUCAGGGAGGUCUGAUCAUCCACAAAGGAAGCAGAGACACGGGAAGGACAGAGGGGUGGAGGUUGUUCUGCGUGCGUGGGGAGGCAGAGGCGGAGGCAUCUUUGCUGGAGGUGACCUGUCAUCAGUCCAGCCUGCGGUCCAGAGCCAGCCUGGUCCUGCUCAGUGCACAAAAGAAGCAGCUCUACCUGUGGCAUGGCUGUAAGGCCCAUAGCUGUGCUCGCCUGGUGGCCAACAGGGCAGUGGACAAGCUGGUGCAGGGAAAACCUGCAGAAUUAGGAGUGAGCAGUCUAAAUGUGGAAGAAGUGGAUGAAGGAAGUGAACCUGCAGAUUUUUGGAAAGCUCUUGGAUCACAAGACAAGAAGGCCUAUGACUGCAUGCUUGAAGAUCCCGGGAAGUAUAACUAUACUCCACGUUUGUUCCGGCUGAGUGCCAGCUCUGGGGCGUUUGAGGGCAAAGAGGUUCUGUACCCUGCCCGGGUGCCUGAGGGUGUGAUGGCCAUGCCUUUCCUCCAAGAGAACCUCUACUCGGCACAACAGCCAGCUCUGUUCCUGCUGGACAAUCGUAUGGAGGUGUACCUAUGGCAGGGCUUUCAGCCAGAGGACACUGAGAGUACAGGCUCAGCUAAAAUCCGCUGGGACCAUGAGAGAAAAUGUGCCAUGGAGACAGUGCUGCAGUACUGCAAAGAAAAGAAUCCCCGGCGCCCCCCCCAGGCCUACCUAGUCCUAGCAGGAUGUGAGCCCCUCACAUUCACAAAUAUUUUCCCAUAUUGGGAGAAGGAUGAGAAUAUCGCCUCAAAGAAUCAGAGCCAUAAGAACAAAGUUAUCCUGGUGAAAGAAGCACUGGCUAAGCUGAGUAAAGAGCAGUAUUCCAUAGAGGAGCUGACCAGGAAGCCUUUACCUGAGGGAGUGGACCCAAUGCGCCUGGAGGACUACCUGUCCGACGAGGACUUUAAGAUGCUUUUGGGAAUGAGUCGAGUGGAGUUCAACGCCCUGCCAAACUGGAAACAAAAAAACUUAAAGAAAAGCAAGAGCCUUUUUUAAGAUGUUUUGUACACACUUUUCAUGUCUAUACUAUGACAAUUUAUAAUGUAUGUCCUUAUUUUCUAUUGUAUAAAAUAUGUACAAUUUUAUUCUUGUUUUUAUGUUACUAAUGAAAGCCAUUUUAUUGUUUCUGUGCUCAAAUCUUUACAAUUAAUUAUGUGCAAUUACAUCAUUUAUGAUCUUUUUCUUCUAACAGUUGUUAUAUAUAUGUACCAUACUUUUAAUGAAUACUUUUGUGUUUGUAUAGAAAAAGAAUCCUGUGUUUGGGAGUGUGUGUUGCUUUAAUAUUUUAUGACGUAACAAAACCUUUCAGAGACUUGGACAUACCGUUACAGUAAUAGGCAUUAAGUAGAAAAAUAUGUCUUCUACCUGUAUUACAGUCUGCCAACAUUUUCUGUUUUACAUUUUACUGUAGGAUGUUUUUUAUGUCAAUAUUUUUUGGUACUAAAUAGUGCCUGUCCCUGUAUAAAUACCUGGUUGAGUGGGACCAAACUCAGCUGUAUUUUCUAUGUGAAUGUAAACACUUGUAUUAGCAUAUAUAAAGUAUUAUUGAAGUGGAGGGACUUUACAAGCCUCUAUGCCCUCACUUUACAACAUCUGUUGUAACAGAACAUGUCUGCUGCCUUAUAAUCACAAACACGAUUUACAGUGUCUCUUUGUAACACAUAAACUGUACAUGUGGAGUGGAGGUCAGCUUUUAUUCACCACACAAUAGCACACAUUGGUGAUGGCAGGGAAUGUGCAAGGUAUUUGAAAAUAAAAAGAUUUGAAAACUAUAAA